AUGUCCUUAGCAGACGCCCUCCUGGCCGACUUUUCCGAUGAAGAAGAACGCUCCCCUUCCCCCGCCCCCGAGCAAUCCUCAUCCUCUUCCGCCGCGCCUCCCGAUUUGUCUUUCCCUGGCCCUGGGACCAACAAGAGGCCGGCUAGCGCUAUGGACCUCGACACCGUAGGCGAGGAGGACGGUAUCAAUGAAGGCGGGGAAGGUGAUGGAGGGGAAGGGGAAGGGGACGGACUGACAUUAGAAGACGGUACCAGCGCCGUGGGGUACGUGCCCGAAGGCGGUGUGAAGCCUGCGGAAGAGCUGGACAAGGAGGAUGUGGAGCGGACGGAUAUGAUGGGGUUUGAAGAUGUUGGCAAGGUUGCAAAGUUGGCGGGGAGUCGGAAGUUGCAGGAUGUUAUCAAGGAUAUUGCAAGAUUCACUGAAUCGCCUACAGACAUGUCAACAGCCUCUGGACCCUUGGAAGAAAACCCCGAGUAUCACCUCGUCGUGACCGCCAACAACAUGUCUGUGGAGGUCGACAACGAAAUCCUCAUCGUCCACAAAUUCAUCCGCGACCACUACGCCCCUCGAUUCCCCGAGCUCGAGCAGCUCAUCGCCGAACCAUGGACCUACAUUGCCGCUGUCAACGCGAUCGGCCAGAGCGAGGAUGUGACGAAAGUCGACUUUUCAAAGACGCUUUUGCCUGCUACGAUCUUGUCUAUUACUUUGACGGCUACGACGUCGAGGGGGAGGAUGUUGAGCCGUGCCGAGUAUGAAACUGUGCAGCGGGCUAUUACGGUCGCGCAGGAUUUGCGGGAUGCGAGGGAGAAGAUUUUCAACUUUGUGGAAUCGCGUAUGGCUGCUGUGGCCCCCAACCUGUCCAUAUUGGUGGGUACGGGUAUCGCCGCCAAGCUGCUCGGUCUUGCCGGUGGUCUCGCAGCUAUCAGCAGGCAGCCUUCCUGCAACAUCAUGCUCUUUGGCGCUAUGAAGAAGACUCUAGCUACGAGCCACUUGUCAGCUGCUUCGCAGCAACGGCACACGGGAUUCAUCUUUCAAAGCGCGAUCGUGCAGAGCGCCCAGCCCGAGGAUAGACGCCGGGCGCAGAGGGCUGUAGCUGCCAAGGUGGUGUUGGCGGCGAGGAUUGAUGCGGGGAAGGGGAGUAGGGAUGGGUCGUUUGGAAAGACGACGUUGGCGCAGUUGCAGAAGAAGAUUGAAAAGAUGGCGGAGCCGCCACCCAAUAAGCUUAUCAAGGCUUUGCCGAUCCCGCAAGAAACCAACAGGAAGAAGCGAGGUGGUAAAAGAGCACGAAAACAAAAAGAAGCGUAUGCCCAGACCGAGCUGCGCAAGCUGCAAAACAGAAUGGAGUUUGGCAAGGCGGAAGAGGAGAUUGGGGUGGACGACGAGACUGUUGGCCUGGGUAUGAUUGGCUCUGCUGGAAAGGUCCGUGGCGAGAUGGCAGACUCGAGAAGUAAAGCCAAGCUGUCUAGAGCAAAUAAACUCCGUACUCAACUGCUCGGUCGAUCCCAAGCAUCCAACGAUGCCGCCUCGGGUAUGUCUACAUCGCUCUCGUUCACCCCUGUGCAAGGUCUCGAGAUUGUGACGCCGAGUCUAUCGGCGGCGCAGAGGGUGAAGGCGGCGAAUGAUAGGUGGUUUGCGGGUGGCACGUUUACGCAUGUGAAGAAGGACCAGAGUAAUCUGCCGGGGCAGUAG